AUGAAGAAGAGCAGCACGAAGCUUAAGAGUCUAAAGCUCAGCGUCCCCGUCCCCGAUGCCCCGUUCGGCGAGUUCGUGUAAGAAUUGAAACUUCCUCUCCCACCCCCCCGUCCUCUGUUUCCCGUUUUCGUGGUCGAUCUGCCGAUCUCUGUCGAUGUUCCCUGAUGUGUGUCUGGUGGAGCUUCACAGGACUCACAGUGGCACAUUUAAGGAAGGGGAUUUGCUCGUCGACAAGGACGGGCUCCGCAUCGUCCGCCAGAAUGGAGAGCCGGCGGUAAUUUACGAAAACCUGAAAUCUUUCCCUUCCCACUUCUGCUGUGAUGUGUACCUUUUAAUCUAUUCCAUCGGUUUAUUCUUUGCUAUCCAUUUCCUCCCACUCCCUCUACUUUUACAUUGAUGUCUUUACUCACAUACCAAGACCGCCAAGAUGAAUUCUGAACGAAUAUAGAUCAUUUUGAACUGCCUGAUUAUCGAGUAUGAUGCCGUGAUGCUAAUCAGUGAUGAACCAACUGCGAUCAUUGAGAUACCUGACUUUGAUACUGAGAGAACAAGUAUUCUUCUAGAUUAUUAUGACCCCGACACGCUUACCUAGGAUAACCAUCCCAUCUCCCCAUGGUAAAUGUAGAUUCAACCUCAAUUCGCAAUCAUUGGCAUAGUCCGAGACGAACCUACCAUAGGUAUUCACUAGCCAUCUAAUGAUGGAUGUGUAAAUUACUUUCUAUCUGCAAAGAAGUACGUCCAAGACUAAUUAUGAACAAUAUUAUUGCGACCUAAUCUAUGUAUAUGAUGUGAUGUAUAAAUAUGAUCUUGACCAAUUUGGUUUUAGUGUAGGAUUAUGAAGAUAUAGGAUUUACCUAGUGUGCGGGUAUGCUGAGCAUCCCCAGUGGAGAUGGCAAAGAUCUCAGUGUCCGUGUUGAUUGAGAUUUCCCAUCAGGCCCCUGAAAACCCAAAAGAAGUUCCCUUGGCAUAUCUCUUUCGCUGCCAAUAUCAGAGCUACUAGGAUGGGUAGUCUCAUGGCAUUUCAUUCCGUCCAUGUGUCAGUCGUGUACCAGUCAUCCAUUGAGCCUUUUUUAGCAAAUACUGGACUACCAUUGUGACUAGGUCUCUAGAAAAUGUAAGAGGGUUGUGAUGCAUUGGAGAUUGGUGGUGUUGGAAAGGUCGACCGUCUCUCUCUUCCUUGGCCAGCAAGCAGAAAAGUACUGUUGCCCUGCUCUUCCGAAUCUGCGACUUGUUGGUUGGUGUUCCAUUAUAUGUUGCUGAGCUAUGCCUGAGACGCGGAAGGCUAAUAGCACUUUUAUAACGUUUGAGCUCAGGAAGAUGACUGUGGUACAGAGGUGAGCUUCUCUUCUUUGUCAUCCUCGGCAAAAAAUGUUAGUGCAUUAAUACCGUUAUUGAUACUUUCAAACUCAUAUAAGCUUGAAAUGCGAUGUGCAUGUGCUGAUUAAAAAGAUAUGGCGAGUUGCAUAUCUGAGUUAGGCUGACUUGAAUCAAUAAGUCAUAGGUUUUAAGAGUCAAGCUGAUUAGAAUCAGAAUAUGGAUAAGUUUUGAUCAGAAAUAGUCUGAUUUAAUUUAAUUCUUCAACUGGGUUGUCAACGCUUUACCCACGGAUCAAUAAUAUUCUCAAAAAAUAAAAAUAAAAAUAUUUCAACUUUUAUCAGCUUGUUAAGAUAUCUCUCCUUAUUCUUAGCAAUAUGAACUUUAUCCUCUGUAGACGUAGCGAGAUAUUCUUCUGGUGAGUGAUAUGGUGAUAGCGGAGUUUGGACUUUCCCAUGGUAAUGAACGACGAAUUUUAUUUUAUGAGGAUAAAUGUUGUGGGAUCUCAUCCCUUAGAAGUGAAAUUGUCCUAAAUGCAUUGUUGAAAAGAACAUCCAAGAUCCACUAGAAGUUGGGAUUCUCUCUUCCUCUAAUGAUAGCGGAAGAAGUUGGUUUUUUUAACCCUAGGUUGCUAGGUAAUUUUAGAGAAACAUAAAUUGUUCACCCUGGAAAUCUAUUUCCCAUUCUUAUAUAAGAUUGAAAUAUGGAUGAGGACGAUUUACGAUGAUGGAAAUGUUAUAGAUUUGAAAAUUUCAGAGUUCAAUUUUACAUCAUAUACCAUUAUAGAAACGCUUCCACCUCUAAAGAGUGACCUCCUCGGGUAUUGUUUUUCUACUUCUCCUACUGAAUUACCUCCUCGCGGUUCCCAAUCUCUUCUUGACACCCCACGUUACAGUCUCGAUCUUGGAAAUACACUUGCUCUUGCUUGCCUCCUGUGGAAGUGAAGGUCGAUGUGGAGGAUUUCACAUGGGAGACGACCAAUACCCGGCCGUUUCGCUAUUUCAUAUUGCAUCAAUUGAGAACAUCUCUUCUGAUGUUGUUUCUCGGGUGCUCUUCUUCUGUAGAAUUUUGGCAAUUCUUCUUACAGAAAGUUGGUACUCAAUGGAAAGUCCUCGAGCUGACAUCACAAUGGUCACUCGAAGGAGAUUAAAAACUUCGGUGGCCAGUCCUCCUAGUGGGCCAUUUGAAACGGCUGGAACUUCAGCCGCAAGGAGCAUUCAGUAGAGAGAAUGGUUGCUUCCGUAUGCUUUAGCGCGAUGGAGUGGGCUUAGCGAGGAAACCCCUUACUCCUUGACCUCGACAUGCUUUUCAUAACACCGAAAAGUUAGACUUUAAGUCAACCUUUUAAUGGAAUCUUUGUGAUCCUGUUCCUUGCUACCUCUGCAAUUCCUCUAACCUCCAGUGUGCACCCUUCAGUCUACGGGUGAAAUCAGCCUCGUAGUUGCCGCAUCGGACAACAUUAUUCCAUGCAACUGUUGUUGCGUAUAGUUUCAUUAAAGUGUUUGAAUGUGGUUAUUUAUAGCAUCCUUUGAUAAAGCCUUCGGAUAGUCGGUUGACUUUGGACGAUAUGGACAUGAUUCAAGUGAUUGGCAAGGGCGCCAGCGGGAUCAUACAGCUGGUUCGCCACAAAUGGACUGAACAGUUCUUUGCCCUCAAGGUAUUCUCCUGAUGCACUGGAUGAUACUUAUCCAUUUACAGGUCUGUUUAUAAGCAGAGAUAACGAGUCGUACUUUCUUGAUCCAUUUUACCGGUUGGAGUCCUGAUGCCGGUGUUUCAUGCAGAGCAUCCAACUGAAUAGUGUUCCCGAGGAAUCCCGCAAACACAUCUCAAAGGAGUUGAAGAUAAACUACUCACUCAACCACACCUCCCCAUGCUCGCAUAUCGUUGCAUAUUACCAAUCAUUCUAUGACAAUGGUGUCAUAUCUUUAGUCUUGGAGUACAUGGACGGCGGGUCUCUCGCUGACUUUCUAAAGAAAGUCAAAUCAAUUCCAGAGCCGUAUCUAUCCGCGAUAUGUCAGCAGGUCAGUCUCCGUUGGCAGAAAGAUAUCUCCUUUCAUCAAUAAUACUCGAAUUCCCCGCUUGAUCAACCAUUACCAUUGGCCAUUUCCUUCCAAUAAGAUGGGCAUAUUUCUUCUGCUGUGCAGAUGGUCAAGGGCCUCGUUUGCCUUCACCAUGAGAAGCACAUCGUCCACCGUGACUUGAAACCAGCUAACCUGCUGAUCAACCAUAGAGGAGAGGUCAAGAUUACAGAUUUCGGUGUGAGCGCAAUAGUAGAGAGCUCUUCUGGGCAGCAAGGGACUUUCGUGGGCACAUGGUACUAUAUGUCUGUGAGUAUUCGUCCAAAGCUCCAACCCCUCCAUGGUUCCAAACUGUAAAAGCCUCAGUAGAAUAUUGAUCUCUUGUAGCCAGAAAGAAUCAGCGGAGGCAGACAUGGCCCCAAGAGCGACAUCUGGAGCCUCGGUUUACUUCUGUUGGAGUGUGCUACUGGUCAGUUCCCUUAUGCACCUCCUGUCGGACAGAAAGCUUAUAGAAGUGUCUUUGAGCUGCUGGACGCCAUUGUUCAUCAUCCGCCGCCCGCUGCUCCGCAUGACGAGUUUUCUGAGGAGUUCUGCUCGUUCAUCCAUGCAUGGUGAGGGCCAGAAUGUACUUUCGCUUUAUUGCCUUUUUAUUUCAAUAAAAUAAAAUAAUGAACUUAUUUGUACGCAUUUCAGCGUCCAGAAGGAUCCCAAGGACCGCAAGUCCGCGCUGGAGCUUCUGGUAAUUUCUCAACCCUGGAUUCCUCCCUGACUGACCCGGCGUCUCCCCCUUCUCCCUGCCGCUGAACCCAUCGUCUCCAUUGACACAGGAGCACCCAUUCCUGAUCGCCUACGAGACCGAGCACGUUGACCUGGCGUUGUACUUCGCCAAUGCCGGCGCUUCUCUCACAACCUUCUGA